AUUGCUGUAAUCGCAGUUUGUCAUCCAGACUUGAAGAAGACAGAGACAUGGAAAGAAAUUCUACUGAAGUUUAAGGCUGUUCUUUUUUUUACUGUCUGCAGUUUGUUCAGUCGUUUGGCCCCUCUGAAAUUAAUUCUAAACAUGAAGGUGGUUCUAUUUAACCUCAAACUUCUUGGGAUUAUGCUUUUGUUCACUGACCUAUCUCUCCAGGAGCAAAAUGUCUUCUCACAGCAUAAAGGGAGGAGAUCCAAGGGCAACAUCAAGAUAACCAGUGGUGGGAAAACCAAGAUAUUACACCGCCAAAAACGAGCAUGGGUCAUUGACACGUUCGAGCUGGAAGAGGAACUACCAGGUCCCUACCCAAAGCUCAUAGGCACGGUGAAUAUUGAUGAAGGAGGAACUAGUCUCAAGUACAGUCUGAGGGGAAUAGGAGUCGACGAGGAUCCUAAAGGGCUAUUCCAUAUUAAUGAAGAUGAUGGGUCUAUAUACGUGCACCAGAAAAUAGAUUUUGAAAAAACACCGAUUUUCAGAUGGGCAUUCCAUGCUACCAACAGAACUUCUCUGAAAGUGGGUACAAAACUCGGAAUUCAGCUGAAGAUUCUGGACAUCAAUGAUAAUAUCCCAGAGUUUGGUGCCAAGACUUACACGGUUUCUGUUAAUGAAAGCUUUUCGCAAGGCGUAACAUUCUUCACAUUGAUCGCUUACGACAUGGAUGAACACAACGGCCCCAACUCUUUAGUGAAUUACAAAAUCCUGUCUCAGACACCUGCUGAUCCUAAUGUUGAGUUUACCAUCAAUAAAGAAUCAGGCUUCCUUUCAUUUAAAGGCUGUCUAAAUUAUGAGAAAAAUAAAAAUUACAAAUUGGUCAUCCAAGCAAAGGAUAAUGGUGUGCUUGUACAGCAGAGCAGCUCAUGUGAAGUGUUGAUAAACGUGAUAGACAGGAACACUCAUAUGCCGGAAUGGAUCACAGAAACUUUUCACUCAAAAGUGGUAGAGCGAGAAGCCAAUGUGACCAUCAUGAGACUUGGUGUAAAGGAUGGGGACACACCCUAUACUUCUGGUUGGAGAGCAGUGUAUACUAUAACUGCAGGAAAUGACAUGGAUAACUACAAGAUUGAGACUGACCCUAAGACUAAUGAAGGCAUUGUGACUGUUAUAAAGGCUUUGGAUUACGAAACAAGUGUUCAAACCAACCUCUCCAUAACCGUAGCAAAUGAGGAACCAUUAUAUACAUGCAAGGUGCUGUCCAAACCUCCAACAGGCUUGUGGGUUAUAGAAUCAAAUAAAUCUCCGAAAGUAAAGAAUGUUCCAAUGGGAAGAGACUUGAUGGUGGAUGUAAUAGAUGCAAACGACCCUCCUAUUUACAAACCUGAAAAAAUUGUUUUAACGUUUAUGGAGAAUUCCAUGGAGCCAGGAUCUGUUCUAGGAACUGUGAAUGCAGUAGAUGCUGAUAUUAUUUCACCAAAUAGAAUUAGGUAUGUUAUAGAGAAUGACCCUGGAGAUUGGUUAUCUAUUGAUGAAAAUACAGGCGUCAUUACAAGCAAAGCUGUGCUGGACCGAGAAUCAGAAUUUGUUCUUAAUAGCAAGUACAUUGUGAAGGUCCUAGCUAUUGAUGACGGGGUCCCUCCAAUGACCGGCACAGCCACUCUGAUAAUUAAUCUCAAAGAUGAGAAUGACAAUGUACCAAAGGUAGAGAGCGCUGUUCUGGCGACAUGUGAGAACAACGAGGAAAUUAUUCUCAUCACACCGGUCAUAGACAGAGACCUGGAUCCAUAUUCUGGUCCAUUCUACUUUGAAGUUCUUGACAAAGAUGCUGAUAAGAAAGAAAUCAAGCUCAUGGAAUCUAAUGGUGAUGUACUCAAAGUAAUGAAAAUGGAAAAUGCUAAGCAAGGAAACCAUACUUUACACCUUGAAAUUUAUGAUCGACAGGGAGUCAGCUCUCUUGAGAACUUCACGAUCUUCGUUUGUGAUUGCUUAGAAGGUGAUGCCUGUGUGGAAAAGCUUGCUGACCCACCAUCUUUGGGCGGAGGAGCCAUUGCUCUUCUUCUUCUUGCGCCUGUCCUGUUCAUUGGGCUGACUUUCCUAUUGUGCAAGGUGAAGACCAAGGAGAUGGUACCUGUUGAAAAUGAGCCUCUGAAUUCCAUUAUUGUGUACAAUGAAGAAGGAGGCAACAUUGACUGCCAGGCAUCUGCAAUUCUGACUGCAAACUUGAAAGGACAUUCCUUGCGUAACCAGGAUGAUGAAAAUGAUGGUAUGAAUACUAUCCACAAUUCCAACAGGAGAAAGAACUCAGCCCCAGCUCUAGGUGGACAUAUUAAGCCUAAAGUGGGCCGGUCCAACAGCUUGCAGGCCCAAUCUUUUAAACAUGAUUCUCUAAAUAAUAAAUCAUCUGGAGCAUUUGAUCGAUCUACAGGGAGGCGCCACUCAAGUUACCACCGAGAGAAGAGAGGGAGUUCAUUUGACCGCACUAAUGCCAAGAGGCAUUCUGCACAGCAUAUACAUUCCUCUACUGUAGCCAGUCGUAAAUCCAUGAAAAGUUAUCAUUCAAACGUUGUAGACGCCGUAAUAAAACAGAAACUUAGGUCCUAUUUGGAUGAUUUUGACGUGUACAAACCAAAGAUAUUUGCAGAAGAAGGGGAACUUUCUAAAGCAUCAUCCCUGGAUGAGAUUACCAUAGCAGGAAGUACCUUCAGGUUGGAUAGCUUGCAUUACCUUGGCUCGAAGUUCAAUAUUCUUGAGAGCAUCUGUGCAGAGAGAAUGCUGGUGCAGCCGAAUGUUGAAACCUCACCUUCAUCAACCUCCAGUUCCAUACACUGAACAGGCACGUCCAAUUGGAGAGUUGCCUCAGUUCAUUUCUUAGCUGAAGAAUGCAGCCUAUGGAAUAAUUAAUGGAUAAAGAACAAAUAAAGUAUCCAUUAGUAUUUGGUUCAAUCUCAUUCUGCUGACCGUCAUCUGUCAGCUGAAGCACGAAGACAGGAUAAGCGGAUCUUCCAGUAACGUUGAACAGUUGAAAAAUUCACUUCUGCUCUUCAUAUGCUCAUAUUAUUUUAGAAAACAAUUCAUUUUCAAUUCUUAAAACAACAACAACAAUGUUUUAACAUUAAUUUCACACCUACAAUACCAAGGAAGGAAGAGAAGGAAUGUACUUAUAAAAAAAAAAUUGGUAUUAGGUUUGACUGUUGCAAGUCUUUUGAAUUAAUUGUAAAAAUCAUCCUGCCUGCUUUUUAUUCAAGCAGGAGAAAUGGGCUUUGGUUAGCUUGUUUUGUAUUCAUUUCAGAUGGUCAUUUAGCACACACCUGAAUAUAUGCUGCAUUUAAAGGGACACUGUGCUUAAACUAAUUUCUGCCAUCCAUGUGAAAGACAAUAAAAAGUGGAGUUAAAGCUUUUUCAAAUUUAAAUUGAAGCUAAUACAGCUUUAUUAGUUGUGUACUUCCCGCUAACAUGCAUUGGUUUAUAGGUACUUCCUGUGAAUGUUUGUUGACAGGUAUUCCCUGAUAAUGCUCACUGAGUAUUGAAAGGGAAUAUCUAUAAGCCAAAGGGCAUUAGCAGGAAAUGCACAAUAGAUACGGGUAUUAAACAAAAGCCUAAGGGGCCGAAUUAUCAAGCUGGCCGGAAAUAGAAGUUAGGAAGUAGUGGACAGAAAUCAACUCGAUCAAAUACGAUCUGGUUGAUUGACACCCCCUGAUAGCGGCAGACUAGCCGCAAAUCUGCAGGGGGCGGUUUUGCACAAGCAGAUCUGGUGAACUGCUUGUGCAAUGAUAAAUGCUGACAAAGUAUGAUGUCGGCAUUUAUCGAUGUGCAGCGGAUAUGAUACGCUACAUCGUAUCAUGUCCGCUCGCACUUUGAUAAAUAUGCCCCUAAAUAUUUAAAUGCUGUUUUUGUAUAUGGAUGACAGAAGAAUAAGGUUGAAGGGUAAAAGAUCAUUAUAAAAAUGUAAUUCAGCUUUGUAAAUAUUGCUUUUUGAAAUGUAUUAAUCUUAUGGGUGCUUUCUACUCUAGAAAAAUAUUUGUAGCAAUUUAUAGAAAUAUAUGCAAUGUUAUUGCUAAUAAAUUCAUAUGAAAUUAUUGAUCAAAUUAGGAGCAAUAUCUGAUAUUGUUUCUAUGUUUAUUGGAGGCGUAUCCCAUUUGUUGGAAUAAUUCCAUUACAGCUGAAGGCCUACUUACACUACAUGAUUUGACUAACUGGUCAGAACAAACUGAUUAUAUCCACAGUGUCAAAAUUAGGGUUUCCACUUCAGCUAUGUUAUGAGUAACACAUGUUGAAGGUUUGCCGGGAGGAACAUGUGUUCUUCAUAACUCAAAACUAUCAAUUCAAUUAAAGGAUCGCUGAGGUGGCAAUUCUUCUCAAAAUAUUUAGAUUUUAUUAACAUGAAUGGAUGUAAAGGGGGGCUAAACAUUUUAAUUAUAAAGUUAAAAAAACUAUUCAUUUUAAAAUUGAUUUUUUUUAAAUUUGGUUUAUUGGACUGACAUUGAACAUAAUCUUGGUAUGAUGGUAUAAGCUGCUUUUUUUAUUUUUUUCCUACAUAUAUCACCUUAGUGUAAUAUUGUUACUGAACAGCUUUUUCAAUCUGUUGCAGACUUACAGGGACUUUAAAGGGACAUGAAACCCAAACAUUUUCUUUCAUGAUUCAGAUAGAGAAUAUAAUUUUAAACAGCAUUCCAAUUUACUUCUAUUAUUUAAUUUGCUUCAUUCUUUAGAUAUCAUUUGUUGAAGAAAUAGCAUGCACAUAUGUGAGCCAAUCACAUGAGGCAUAUAUGUGCAGCCACCAAUCAGGAGCUACUGAGCAUAUCUCGAUAUAUGCUUUAAAACAAAGGAUAUCAAGACAAUGAAGCAAAUAAGAUAAUAGUAGUAAAUUGGAAAGUUGUUUUAAAUGGCAUAUUCUUUCUACAUCAUGAAAGAAAAAAUUUGGGUUUCAUGUCCCUUUAAAGGGACAUAAUACUGAUAUUUUAAAUAACUUGAAAAAGAUGCAGCAUAACUGUAAAAAGCUGACAAGAAAAUAUCACCUGAGGAUCUCUAUGUAAAAAGGAAAGACAUUUUACCUCAAUGUAUUCAGUUUACCAGUAAGUGCUGUGCAAGUUGAAGAAAAAAAACAAGCCAAUAAGCUUUAGCAGUGCUGAGGUUAUGCUUUGCUUUGCCUUUUCUGUGAUCUCAUGAGAUUUCAUAUAAUUUACUUAAACUGAAUAGGAAAAUAACAUGACUGUGCCUGCGCAUGACAGAUCCACACUCCCUAGCUUGCCCUGGGACAGGCUGCUUAAAGUCUUUUUACAGUGCGGUGUAAAUACUUAGGAAAUGUGAGGUAAAUAUCUUCCUUUUUUACAUACAGAUGUUCAGGUGAUAUUUUCUGGCCAGCUUUUUACAGCUAUGCCGCAUCACUUUCAUGUGCUUCAACAUUUGGGUAUCAUGUCCCUUUAACGUAUUUUUUUAAUAUAUGUAAACAGUAUGGGGGUCAAUUUAUCAAUGCAUCAACCUGACCGCAUUUGCUGAGUUAAAUACGCUUGCUGUACAUCGCUGAUGCGAAUCUCCAUUUGAUGUCCUUAUUUAUAAAAAAAAACUGUCAAACACAAGCGUCAAGUAUGACGCGAAAAGCAUUGUACUGUUGAUAAAUAUGAAGCAUCAAUUUCACUAUUUAUCAAGAGUAAUCUACCCAGAGUUGUGUAUGAUCCUCAUCACAUGUCCAUCCUGUGACUUGUGUUUUCAUACAGUUAUUACUUACAACAUUUCUUUCUUGUCCAUGAAUAAGAACAGUUAUUUAAUGCAAUAUUUAAGGCUAGAUUACAAGUGGAGCAGUAUUUUAAUGUGCGCCCCAUAAAGAGGCAAAUAUGUCAGUUUACGUGCACACAUUAAAUAACCAGCCAUUAAAAGUGUAUGGUUAACGCUCUCAUAAGCUCGCGGGAGCACUUUGUGCUUAUCGCAAUUAACCAGAGGUCAGAAAAAAAAAUAUGCCCCAAAUGCCCUCAAAAUAAAGUGGACAGUUCCUUUCUUAAAAUAAAAAAAUAUGAGCAUCUCUAUAUUUAAUGAAGAUAACUGCACAAAGCAGUUAUAAGGGGUUAAAGUGAGGGAACGGGGGGUGGCACUGAAAAGUGCCUUUACAUUGAAGUCUAUAAAGGCUGCGUGUUCACUGUAAAUAUAUAUGUACAGUAUAUGCUUAUAUACAUAUAUAUAUUUAUGUGUUAAUAUGUGUACAUACAUAUAAAAACAUAUAUAUAUAUAUAUAUAUAUAUAUAUAUAUAUAUGUAUAUAUUCAUAUACAUAUAUAUUUUAAUUUGCUGCCCAACACUGAGCAACUUACCCACUACACUGUGCUAGGUUCUUUGCCGCUUCUUACAGCAUGAGAACAGUGCUCCCAUUGUAGCCAAUGGAAGCGCGCUCUCGUGAGUGCAAAGCUUCCAGGCAAUGCGAACGCAAGGUUUGCGUUCGCAUUACGCUUGACUUGUAAUACCAGCACAUAUUUGCGUGUGCUGGUAUUACUGAGUGGAGAGCAAAUAUCGUGCUCCUGAAAGUGCAAUUUUGCGAUCCACUCAUAAUCUAGCCCUUAGUUGGUUAAAUUAUGUCCUCCUUGAAAUACUUAUUUUUAUACAAGUGCAAACAAUAAACAAUACAUUUACUUUAAUAUAUAUAUAUAUAUAUAUAUAUAUAUAUAUAUAUAUAUAUAUAUGGAAAAGAGAAAAAUCUAAGUAGCAAGCAGGCUCAAAUUAAUGGUGAUAACAUACAAAAUGUCCACAGCACUGUCCUUCUUAAAUUACUUUAUUAUCUGUUAAGGUACAGACAUUAAAACAGCGACGUUUCGAGUUUAAUCACUCUUAAUCAUGCUAGUUACAUUGUAUCAUGUUACACACUUUUAAAAGAAUUCAGUUUCGCGCCAACCACCAAACAAUGUGGCUCUGCUCUCAUCUACUGACAAAAAAUAACUGACAUGAAAUAAAAAACAUUCUCAAAAAUACACUAACAGCACUAACUCCGACAUCACCCUAUACAAAUUAAUGGUGAUGUGUGGCAGCAUAAAAACAAUAUAUAUAUAUAUAUAUAUAUAUAUAUAUAUAUAUAUAUAUAUAUAUAUUUUAAUUAUUUUGCUUAAAUGAGUAUUGCAAAUAUAAAGAUAUUAGUCAUGUUCAUUGUUAAUGAUUGUAUGAGAGGACAAACAGCAUAUAACUCAACCUUUCCGUGUUUUUAGACACACCCUUUUAUACUAGACUAAUAACAUCCCUUUUAUUCCUAUGGGAUUUGCAUGCCAAAAGUGGAGGAUUGAAAAUCAGGUUUGCUGUGUCAAUCAAGACAUGAACGUACCAGUUGAAUGUUUUUUUAAAUUUUAAUUUGGUUUAAUAGAGUCGUAUCGUAUGUAAAGGCAGAUUACCAGUAAUACUCUCAAAUAUUGUGAGUAUCUAUUUGCAUCAAACUAAUCUCGCUGUAACAUAUGUUACAGCAAAUAGGCCUGCAUUUUACUAUGUUGACUGAUUGUUAACUUUGGCGUAUCAAUUUUGUGCUUCAUUUGACGUGGAAUUGCAGUGUAUUCACAGUUGAAACUUUGAUAAAUUAAACCUUAUAUAUCAACAGUUCGAAACAAAUUGUUUUGCAGUCUAAGGACGUGAUCUUUGGUAAACUUUUUGAGUAUUGUUAUUUUAUUGCCUUGCUGAUAGGGACAGAUAUAAAUUUGCUCCUGCAUUGAUGAAGCCAUCGCUGCAUAUAAUGUUGCUGCAAAAUUCACCUGAAAUCUGCAGGAUACAUUCCAGCCUCUCUGAGAGUAGUAGAGUUAAAUGUGAUGAAAGAGUCUUAAUUUGACACUGGAGUAUAUUUAUCAAGCAAUCACUGUGUAACCUGUUACAGAAUACGGGUUCUGAAGUACACAUCACAGGCUCAAUGGGGCAGUUAAAACCCCCCACAAUUUUAAAUUACAGGAAAAAAAUAACAAAAUACAUAAUGAAUGUAUAUUGGAAAGUUCUUUUCUAUGCAUAAUUAAACAUUUUGUGGGAAAAUAAUUUUUGAGUUUAAUGUACAUUUAUUAUUAUGUUUUUUUAAACUUAAAAUGACCAUUUGGCUAAGAACAAAAACGUGUAAAAUAUUACUUUAUUUCUUCUAUAAAAAGGACACUAUGGGGCCUAUUUAUCAAGCUGUCAACCGCAAAUACGCUGGAUUUCUGCAGCGUAAUUAUGGCGAGCUUGAUUCGCCUUAGUUAUCAAAGGCUACAGACCGGCAAAAGUAGAAUUUUGUGACGUAACAUACAAUCCACCGGUCUCAGUCCGACACAAAUCGAUGCUUACAUCAUUACAGAUGUUCCGAAUGCAAAUUCGGCACUAUCUGACUACUUUUGCUAGUUAUCAAAUGUCUACCCGGUACGCUCGGCACUAUUCCAGCCCAGCAUACCUGGUUUUCAAUCCCCUGCCCUGGAGGUGGCGGAUGCCAUAGGAAUCAAUGGGAGUCUGAAAGCAGCGAAAGCUUAUGUUCGCUGCUGCCCGAUAUCCCAUUGAUUUCUAUGGGAGAAUAAAAGUUAUGUUUACACCUAACAUCUUAACAUAAACCCCGAGUCUAAACACCACUAAUCUGCCGCCCGACACCACUGCCACCUACAUAAAAGUAUUAACUCCUAUCUCGCCGCUCCCGAAGCCCGCCGCAACAAAAUAAAUGUAUUAACCCCUAAACCGCCAGCCCCCCACAUCGCCAUAUACGAAAUUAAACUAUUAUCCCCUAAACCUAACAACCCGCUAACUUUAUAUGAAAUAUUAACUCAUCCCUAUCUUAUAAUAAAUUUAAACUUACCUUUAGAUUUAAAUUAAACUAUAUUAAACUACUAAUUACCAACCCUAUUAUACUACAAUUACAUUAAAAUAUAUUAAACUAUUAAUUAACCUAUUCUAACUAUUAUAAUAAAAUUACAUUAAACUAUAUUAAACUAAUAAUUUAUCUAACCUAACUUUUAUACUAAAAUUACAUUAAACUACAAAUUAAAUUAACUAUAUUAUAUAUUUAAACACAUAACCCUACUCAAAUUAUUUAAUUCUACACUUAAAAAUUAGUUACAAAAAACUAAGUUACAAAAAAUAACAAACACUAACGGCUAGAUUUAGAGUUUUGCGGCCAAAGGGGUGCGUUAGCUACGCGUGUUUUUUUCCCUGCACCUUUUACAUAACGCUGGUAUUUAGAGUUCUCUGAAGGGAUGCGUUAGGCUCCAAAAAGGGAGCGUAGAGCAUAUUUUACCGCCACUUCAACUCUCAAUACCAGCGUUGCUUACGGUAGCGGCCAGCUUGAAAAACGUGCUCGUGCACGAUUCCCCUAUAGGAAACAAUGGGGCAGUUUGAGCUGCAAAAAAACCUAAUACCUCCAAAAAGCAGCGUUCAGCUCCUAAUGCAGCCCCAUUGUUUCCUAUGGGGAAACACUUCCUAAGUCUGCACCUAAUACCCUAACAUGAACCCUGAGUCUAAAAACCCCUAACCUUACACUUAUUAACCCCUAAUCUGCCACCCCCGCUAUCGCUGAACCCUGCAUAUUAUUAUUAACCCCUAGCUUUUUACAGCUAUGCCGCAUCACUUUCAUGUGCUUCAACAUUUGGGUAUCAUGUCCCUUUAACGUAUUUUUUUAAUAUAUGUAAACAGUAUGGGGGUCAAUUUAUCAAUGCAUCAACCUGACCGCAUUUGCUGAGUUAAAUACGCUUGCUGUACAUCGCUGAUGCGAAUCUCCAUUUGAUGUCCUUAUUUAUAAAAAAAAACUGUCAAACACAAGCGUCAAGUAUGACGCGAAAAGCAUUGUACUGUUGAUAAAUAUGAAGCAUCAAUUUCACUAUUUAUCAAGAGUAAUCUACCCAGAGUUGUGUAUGAUCCUCAUCACAUGUCCAUCCUGUGACUUGUGUUUUCAUACAGUUAUUACUUACAACAUUUCUUUCUUGUCCAUGAAUAAGAACAGUUAUUUAAUGCAAUAUUUAAGGCUAGAUUACAAGUGGAGCAGUAUUUUAAUGUGCGCCCCAUAAAGAGGCAAAUAUGUCAGUUUACGUGCACACAUUAAAUAACCAGCC